AUGCUACUAUUAUUUAAGCGAGCUAUACGAAAUUACUCUCAAGUGCCCAUAUAUCCUAAGGCCAAGGUUUCCAGGCAGUCCACUUUGAGAACAUUAUACUCAAAGUAUCAGGAUCGUAAGCCUAUAAGUGUCAUCACAGCUCACGAUUAUAUAAGUGGAAAAUACGCUAAUGAGAGCGAGGCAGAUGCCGUAAUCAUAGGAGAUUCUCUUUCCAUGAUCAAUUUGGGCUACCAGUCGACUUUGGAAAUGUCUUUUGAAGAGUUCUAUUACUGUUGCAAAGCUGCUUGUCGAGCCAUUGACAGAAAAUUUAUAAUUGCAGAUCUGCCCUUUGGAACUUUUGAAACAUCUGCAGAAGAAUGCGGAAGAAAUGCCAUAAAGUUGAUGAAGCUGGGAAAAGUCCAAAGCAUAAAGCUGGAGGGCUCUUAUGAAAUAACAGAUCAAGUGAAGAAGCUUAUAGAUAUAGGAAUACCAGUGACUGGUCACGUUGGACUACAACCACAAAAGUUCAACGCCCUAGGAGGUUACAGAGUGCAGGGUAAGACUGCAACAGACGCUAUAGAGAUUUUUAGACAAGCUAAAUAUCUACAGAGUUUGGGCGUUUCAUUAUUAGUGUUGGAGGCUAUUCCAUCUGAAGUUGCUAAAAUCAUAACUGAGGAACUGAAUCUACCUACUAUAGGAAUUGGUGCAGGGAAGUAUACAUCGGGGCAAGUUCUUGUCCAAGGAGACGUAUUAGGAAUGCUCAACAAUAAACCUGCCAAAUUCGUUAGACAAUAUAAAAACUUCUACCAAGAAGGAAUUGACGGUAUCAAUGAGUACUGCCGAGAACUUAAUUCCGACAUAUACCCAGAGGAAGGGACACAUACUUAUAGCAUGGCUCAGGAAGAAGUCAAAGAUCUGAUUGAAAGAAUAAGAUCAGAAAAAUAA